AUUACUACUCCAAGAGACUUUUCUUCUUUUACUUUAAUUUCUCCAUCACUUUAUUUCAAAAAUUACUAUUACAUGCAGCAAUUCUAAUUUUUUUUGGGGGAAUCAUACAACAAUUCUAUUGUGUGUUUAUGUUAAAGGUGGCGGAAAACUUUUCUUCUUUCUACUCCCUUGAGGUCACAAACGAUUAGCAUCAUUUAUAAUUUAAUUAGUAGAAUGGUCUCAGUGAUGAGUUUGGCAGGAAUAAUUUGCGGGCCAGUUAUCAUAAUAUAUUUUUCUUUCUUAAAUAAGUAAAGAUAAUCCAUAAAAUUUAAACUACAGUUUUGUUAUCUAUAAAAGGGAGAUUGAGUAGAUAGGUUGUUCAUCACACUGGAAAAAUUCUAUAGCUUAUUAUUGUUGUUUCCUUUCUCCAUGGCUACUACCGCAAAUCACUUCACACUUACAUUGCUCCUAUUCGGGCUGCUAAUUGUCACCUCUCUUGACUUCACAGUUGGUCAGGUGGGCGUCUGUUUCGGAAGGCUUGGCAACAAUCUCCCGAGCGUACAAAGAACCCUAGCUCUGUACAAAAAGUACAACAUCCGUAGAAUGCGUCUCUACGACCCCCACCCGCCCACCCUCCGCGGCCUCGCCGGCACCGGCAUCCGCCUCAUGCUCGGCAUCCGAGACGACGAGCUCCGCGACCUCGCCAACUGCCCCGACGCCGCCACUGCCUGGGUCCGCACCAACAUCCUCCAGCACCCCAACGUCACCUUCCGCCACAUCACCGUGGGCAAUGAGAUCGACCCCGACUCGGAGUUCGGCCCCUUCGUCCUCCCGGCGAUGCAGAACAUCUACCGCGCCGUCCGCACCGCCGGCCGCGCCGGCCAGAUCAAGGUCUCCACCUCGAUCCGAACCGAUCUCCUCAACACGUCGUACCCGCCGCAGGCCGGCGAGUUCAAGUGCAGCGUCAAUUGGUACAUUCGGCCGAUCGUCGAGUUUCUAAGAGACACGCAGACGCCUCUUCUCGUCAAUGUGUACCCUUACUUCGCCUACAUGAACGACCCGCAAAAUAUCAACCUCUCCUUCGCGCUGCUGCAGCCCAACAGCGGCGUCGUGGCCGGCGGCGUCUACUACGAUAAUCUCUACUACGCGAUCCUCGACGCUGUCGACGCGGCCAUGGAGAGGAUCCUCGCUGCAGUGCCCUCGUUGUUUUCGGUGUUCUCCGAAGAGAUGAAAAAGGGUGGGUCGCGAAACCCCGGCGGUAAGGGGUCGGAGACGGGGUGGUCGUCCAAGGGCGGAGGAAACACGCCGAUGGCGGCGGAUAUGGGAUACACGACGGCUCUCGGCGAUGGACCUAUCAACACCGUUGAAAAUGCGAGAAUCUACAACAACAACUUGAUGCGCAUUGUCAAGAGUGGGACCCCGAGAAGGCCGGGCCGGCCUUUGGAGACGUAUAUAUUUGCUAUGUAUGAUGAGAAUCUGAAGCCCGGCCCGGCCUAUGAGAGGCAUUUCGGGAUCUUUCUGCCCAAUGGCCAACCCAAAUACCCGCUCCGUUUCCGUUAGGGCUCUCAAUUUAUGUUAUUUUGGGUUGAUCUUGUUUCGUGACUUCAAUUUUUAUAGUUUUUCAGAAAAUGUCUCUAAUUUUCGUUUUUUAUUUAACAUUCAAUUUUCAGUAGUUUCCGAGAAAUGUUCAGUUGUAUAAAUCACUCGUAUGUGGAAUAUAUGAUAUAGUUUUAUCGAGUGAUAUUAAAAAAAAAAAUACCUAAUAAUCCGUCAUGGAGAA